UCGUGGAAUCGUGCCGCAACAACACUCAACAAGCACGAUGGGUAUCCUGUCGCUGUCUGCUCGACUGGUGACGAACAUGGCAGUCCUGGUCGGCUCGUCUAUGAUAUUAUACGGCAUUCUUGACUCAAGGUCUCACGUUUACAAACUGACAACCGACGGAGACUGCCUGCUGUGGGGCACCACCACGGAGGGCUCGCAGCACUUUCUCACUGGACCUUCGUCAAACUGCCGCUACGCCGUGGGUGCUGCAAUCGUAUCCACACUCAUGGCCCUGCUCACCAGCAUUAGGUUCAUCUACAGGGCAAAGCAAGGAACACCAGAUCGUCACUCGUGGACUGUUCUAUGCGACGUCUUCUUCAUGAUCUGCAUGUUGAUCGUCGCUAUUGUCACGACUAUUGUCAUAUCAGCCGGUCUUCUCGUCUUCUGCAAGAACCUCUCCAAGGCCGUCUUACACAAAACUAACUGCAAAGACAUCUACCUGACGAAGAAAUCUGGUGACGUGGCUGGUCACUAUGCGUGGCACAACUCGCUCUCCGUGGCACAGAUUGGAUCAUGGAUAGUGUCACUGGGCUGGUUUGUGCACAUGAUACUAGCCGUUGUAGACUAUUGUAUAUACCGCAAGCAGCGCAGUUCUGCCGCUCGAGAACUAAACAGACAAAGUGGAGAUCGAGUUGCAAUACUCGACGAACCAGAGCCAAGUUAAAGUUAGCCCUUCUCAGUUA